GCGUGAGAGGAAGGAGCUCGCGCUCGCUCCGCGGUGCGCUGCGGUCCGGUCCGCUCGGAGGAGGCUCGCCGCCCGCGCCGCGGCCCCGCGAAGGUUCGCGAAGCUCAAGCCAAGUCCAAGUCGCCGCCCCGGAGCCGCCCCAGCCGCCGCCGGCGCCGGUCCCCGGGGGCGCCAUGGCGACCGGAGCGAACGCCACGCCGCUGGGUAAGCUGCACCCGCCGGCCGCGGCCCCGCCCGGCCUCCCCCCGGGGCCCGGGCCCAAGCGGGCCUUCGAGCCACCGCCGCCGCCGCCGCCGGGGCGGGGGGGGGGCGGGCCGGGGCCCGGGGCGGGGCUGCCGCUGGGGCCUGUGGGCCCGGGGCUGAUGGCGGCGCCGCUGGCCGCGGCCUUCCCCUUCGCGGCGCUGCCGCCGCCUCCCCCGCCGCCACCGCCCGCCGCCGCCGCCCCUGGCCCGACCUCCGGGCCCCCGCCGCAGCCGCCCCCGCCGCCGGGCCCCGCGUACCCGCAGGCGCAGCCGCCCCCUCCGCCGCCGCCGCCGCCUCCUCCACCGCAGCCGCCCCAGCCGCCGCCGCCGCCGCUCUUCCAGCACGUGUCUCCACCGCAGCCGCCGCCGCAGCCGCUCCAGGACCCGCAGCCGGGCCCGGCCGGCGGGGGAGGAGAUUUCCCCAAUAAGAAGCGGAAGAGGAGCCGCUGGAAUCAGGACACGAUGGAACAGAAGACCGUGAUCCCGGGCAUGCCUACUGUGAUCCCCCCGGGCCUGACGAGGGAGCAAGAAAGAGCUUACAUAGUGCAACUGCAGAUAGAAGACCUGACUCGCAAACUGCGCACAGGAGACCUGGGCAUCCCCCCUAACCCUGAGGACAGGUCCCCUUCCCCUGAGCCCAUUUACAAUAGCGAGGGGAAGCGCCUCAACACGAGGGAAUUUCGAACCCGGAAGAAGCUGGAGGAAGAAAGACACAACCUCAUCACCGAGAUGGUGGCGCUCAAUCCCGACUUCAAGCCUCCUGCAGAUUACAAACCUCCAGCGACCCGGGUAAGCGACAAGGUGAUGAUUCCGCAAGAUGAGUAUCCAGAAAUCAACUUUGUGGGACUUCUCAUUGGACCCAGGGGCAACACCUUGAAGAAUAUUGAGAAGGAGUGCAACGCCAAGAUUAUGAUCCGGGGGAAAGGAUCUGUGAAGGAAGGCAAAGUCGGGCGCAAAGAUGGACAGAUGCUGCCCGGGGAGGAUGAGCCCCUCCAUGCCCUGGUUACUGCCAAUACCAUGGAGAAUGUCAAAAAGGCAGUGGAACAGAUCCGGAACAUUCUGAAGCAGGGCAUUGAAACCCCAGAAGACCAGAAUGAUCUCCGGAAGAUGCAGCUUCGAGAGUUAGCCCGCCUGAACGGCACUCUGCGGGAGGAUGACAACAGGAUCUUAAGACCAUGGCAGAGCUCAGAGACCCGAAGCAUCACCAAUACCACGGUCUGCACCAAAUGUGGAGGGGCUGGCCACAUUGCUUCAGAUUGCAAGUUCCAAAGGCCUGGUGACCCGCAGUCGGCCCAGGACAAAGCCCGCAUGGACAAGGAGUACCUGUCUCUCAUGGCAGAGCUGGGCGAAGCUCCGGUUCCAGCUUCUGCCGGCUCGGCCUCUGGGCCCGCCGCCGCCCCGCUGGCCAGCGCACCUCGGCCUGCCGCCCCUGCCAACAACCCGCCGCCGCCGUCUCUCAUGUCCACCACCCAGAGCCGCCCGCCAUGGAUGAACUCGGGGCCCUCGGAGAAUCGCCCGUACCACGGGAUGCACGGCGGAGGGCCCGGUGGCCCCGGCGGCGGGCCUCACAACUUCCCACACCCGCUGCCCAGUCUGACGGGGGGGCACGGUGGUCACCCCAUGCAGCACAACCCCAACGGGCCCCCGCCCCCCUGGAUGCAGCCGCCGCCACCGCCGAUGAACCAGGGGCCCCACCCACCUGGGCACCAUGGCCCUCCUCCAAUGGAUCAGUACCUGGGAAGUACGCCUGUGGGCUCUGGGGUCUAUCGCCUACAUCAAGGAAAAGGUAUGAUGCCGCCGCCGCCUAUGGGCAUGAUGCCGCCGCCGCCGCCUCCCAGUGGGCAGCCCCCACCCCCUCCCUCUGGCCCUCUUCCCCCAUGGCAGCAGCAGCAGCAGCAGCCUCCGCCUCCCCCGCCGCCCAGCAGCAGUAUGGCUUCCAGUACCCCCUUGCCAUGGCAGCAAAAUACGACGACUACCACCACGAGCGCUGGCACAGGGUCCAUCCCGCCAUGGCAACAGCAGCAGGCGGCUGCCGCAGCUUCUCCAGGAGCCCCUCAGAUGCAAGGCAACCCCACUAUGGUGCCCCUGCCCCCCGGGGUCCAGCCGCCUCUGCCGCCCGGGGCCCCCCCCCCUCCGCCGCCUCCGCCACCUGGUUCCGCCGGCAUGAUGACCCGUCCCCGCGGCGGUGGCCCGCGCCAUGCGACUGAGGACUUUCCGCGCCCAUUGGUGACCCUUCCGGGGAGACAGCCUCAGCAGCGCCCCUGGUGGACGGGAUGGUUCGGCAAAGCGGCCUGACUUAUUUUUGUGGACGGAAUCGGAACGCGCUGGCUCCAUAUCGUGAAUUUUUUAUUAUUUUUUUUUUCUUCCUCUUCCUUUGUAUUUCCUUCUCUCUUCUUCCCUCAGACUCCGUCCAAGGAGAUGCUGUCCCCCGUCUUCUGCUGCAAUUAGCCCCCUUUCCUCCUCCCCAGGCCUAGAUUGUUAGCUUUCUGUAGCGGAGGGAGCAAAUGGAGAUUGCCCUUACGGUGGGCCGGGCGGAAAGGGCGUCGGGGGCCCAGGGCCAGGCUCCUCACUUCUCGGCCGGGGGGGCUUUAGAGCCCAGCCCCUCACGGCCCCCCCCUUGUCGGGGCCCUGGCAAGGGCGGCGGCGGCACGUCGGCCCCCUGCCCGGCCUUCGAUCCCGUUUGCUCCUCCUGCUGACAGAACGUCUUCAUUUUAUUUUAGUCCCAGAUGUCUGAAUGUUUUGUGGUGGGGGGGGAGAGGGUCCCCCCUCUGCUCCCUCCCUCCCCCCUUCCCUCUCCAUGGAGUGAUUAUGUGGACAAUGAUGUGUAAAGCGCUCUCUCCUCCUCACCGCUUUCUCUGCAGAAAUUUCUUUUGGCCUUUUAUUUGGUGUACAAUAAAACACUGCAUUAAAAGGGGGAUGUUCCAUUGAGUAAAACAGCA